AUGGCUAAAGAUACACCCAAGGACCAAGUUAAUGUAACUGGAAGAGAUGUAAAAGAUACUGGAAACCGUACACAUAUUGCCUCUGAAAACACCAAUGUAAAUGACGUGGACGCACUCUUAAGUUGUAUAGACAUAUGGAAGAAAAAUAGCAAGAAAUGUAAAAGGACAAAAAAAGCAAAUGUGUUUAAAAAGAACAGGGUUAGUAUCAAACAGAACAAUGAUUUAGAGCGUGUUAACAACGUAGUAAAAGAUCUUUUGAGUAUGACGAAACUGAGGGCCGAAAUACCAAAAAAUGUACUCGUUGCCAAACGCAAGAAAAAGAAGCCAGCAAUGGAUAAAAGGACGUUAAUUUCAACGGAAAACUUUCCAAUGGAAUUUUCGGAUGAAGAGGAUCUUCCAGAAUAUCUCAGGACAAAAGUUCCAAAACAGGGAUCAAUCGACACUAGAUUCGCCACCGAAUCCUCCAAUGAGAAUAAUGGCGAAUUUAACUUCUUGUCCCAUUUAAACAAAGAUCCCGAUUCUAGUACCUUACAAAUGAUGGACAAAGAGGGUAACAGCAUCGAAUCUAGACCACUUAAAUCCAAAGAUGUAAGAGAAAUGUGUGAAACACUUGGGAUAACUAGCUUAAACAUGAUGCAGUUUGAGUCUUUGGAAAAUGAAACCUCUGACUCCGAAGAAUUAUUGAACGGAGAUGAGUUUAUGGUUGACGAAAAUUAUGAAGAAUCUGAAGAAUCCGAAGAGGAGUUAGAAGUCACAAUAGAAGAAUCCGGUUCAAACGUGGAAACAGAAAUAGCUGUAGCUGAGUUUAAAACUAAAACUCCUAAAACCGAAGAACCUCCUAGCGAAGAUGCUCCUGGUCGUAAACGCAAUUAUCGAAGAAAAUCAGAUACUAAGGCGAAAUCACUAGUGGCAGUGAGUUCCGCAGAAAGAGCUGCCAUAAAUGAAGACGAAAUUUCAUUAGGAACGAAGGCUAAUGGAAGGACGUCGCGCACCAGAAGAAACACCAAUAGAAAUCCACUAGCAGAAGAGGUGGUCGAUAUCAAGAACAUGGAAAUUGAAAAGAUAAGGGGGGUUUGUUACUGUAAAAGUGACAACAGUUGGACCGCCUGGUGGACAGAGAAGGGGAAAAGUCGGAAGAAGGCUUUUAAGUUGAGUUUAUAUGGGUUUGAAGGGGCAAGAAGGUUGGCGAUUGAGCACAGGAUGCGCAUGGAGGAACUACUUCCUGAAUUGAAGGAAAAGAAGACCAAAGUGAACAAAAGGAAGACAUCUGAAGCACUGGGACCGAAAACUAACAAGAAGUCACCUGGAACGACUUCACGCAACAUCACCAGGGCUUGUUCCAACACACCUGCUGCUAUAGUACCAUCUAUGGAGGACGGCAUAUAUAAGGGAACUAGAUACAGGUCGAAGCAGAACAAAGACAAAGAGGGAGUAUUCGUUAAUGGAAACACGUGUAACACAAAUUUGAACACCAGUUUGGACUCGAAUCCCCUUAACCUACAAGUCAACAACGAAGAUCCGUUUUCCGAUGCUAGGCAGAACGGGACAUACGCACAUUCUCACAACCAAGAUACAAUCGUUAACAUAAAUGAUAAUGCUGAUCUCUGCCAGACGAACGAUAACCGCUCCAACGGUAGCCGCGAUGACGUUGAUGAAGCAAACUAUUUACCAUACAAAAGGAAAAGGCCCAACUCCUAUCACCCAGACAUCUGUAGAAUAAAUGAGAUUGAGCACUUUCAUGAACUGGAGGAUAUUAUGGAGUACUUAGAAAUGAAGGGUAAGGAAGAAAAUGGCGGUGUUUACUCGGCAGAGACACUUAGGCAAAUCAGACCAAUCACACCGAGAUUAAACAUCUCAUCACACAUUUACCAUCAACACGAGAAUGGGUUAUGCACGGUUCAUUAUCGAAUAAAGUUGGAAAAAUCAACUCUUGAACAGGUCCAGAACGCCAUCAAGGAGGCUCUUGAUGACUUACCAAACAAAGAGGAAACCAACGAGAACAACGACAGUGACAAUGCGGUAGCUCAGGAGGAGACUCGUGAUCCUCAGUCACCCAGCGCCGAAGAUGAUUAUGUAAAUGUCGAAGCUGUGAGCAUAACAUCCGCAGACGGUACGAACAGGCCACUGUAUAACAUAAUUCCCACUUACAUAAAGAACUCUGAUGGCGACGAAGUCCUCGCCUUCGUCGUCUUAAAGCCAUAA